GCGCGUGCUUCAUUAAAGUGAGCUGAGGUCAGUUCUACUCAACCUCUCUGCGGCGGACUGAAGGAUGAACUUGACUCUUUUAUAAAGGUCUUUUUAAAGAAUCAGAACGAAAACUGCUGUUGAUCCUCGUUACACAUUCUUUUCGACUAGUUUAAGUAGUGUCUACAUCAUACUUAGAACAGUAAACUAUUCUUUAUGGAAUUAACUGUGUGGACGGAUUCCUUCCUGGAAUGUUUUGGCUCGCAAAAUGUUUCGAUUUGUCUAUGUUUUGUUAUUUAUUUUCGCUCCAGGUAACACGUUGUUAAACUUGAGGCAAGACUGCGGCGGUAAAAUUCUUGGAGAGAGGAGCGGCUCAAUCCGGUACUCUUUACACCCAAACAGCCUUUUAUUUAACAGGAUAACCAACGAAAGCACAGAAAAACUGUUGGAUGUUACCUGCACUUGGAUUAUUGAUGCACAUAAAAACCAGACUGUUUGGAUAGAUGUCAUUUCUGUUGGGAAAGGUGCUCUUGGGAUUCAGUUUGGGAAUGGGGAUACACUGACUUAUGAAAAAGAGGAGCGGGAGUCAUUCUCUGGCACUGGGAGAACCAUCAUUCAAUGGAGCUUGAGAAGGACUGACAAAACAUUCGCCCCAUUAUAUCUGAGAUGGAACACGUCAGAGGACAAUCACACUCUUGCUAUGAUUCCUUACACCCACUUUGACGCUGACCCAGUGUCUCCCUCUCUGAGUGGCUCAAACGAUGUAACCUACACCGCAGACAUUCCAGUGAGCAGCAAUGCAGCCCCCAAAACAGACACUCUCAGGGGCGAGAAUAUACAGCAGGGCGGAGGUGUGUCUGACCUGGUCGAUAAGCACAGACCCCUCUUUCCGCAGGAAAUCACCAACAAUGGACAGGAAACGGCUGGAGCCUGGAUCUCCGACCUCACACUCACUGGCACACAUUCUUAUUUUGAUACGCACACCACCUCUGCCCUUGACACACACAUGAACACGCUCGUUGGGUUGUCCCAUGAACCUUCUUUGGCUCCCACUGAAAUCCAGUCACCAUUGCCGUCUGUCCAAACUACACCCAGACAGGCAACUGACGUUGCGUCGAAAACAAGUGCACUUUUAGCCACCACUGAUUUUGCACACACUAAAUUGCAUAGAGGAAGUUCACAACACACACAUACACAUGCAUUUACCAAAAUUCAGUCCAAAACGACAAAAAGAGGUCGUCCAAGUUCAAUGUUUCUGACUUCCAGCUUUAUUACGGUAAGUCCACAAAAUAUUCAGCCAUUUGAUACAACUUCUAAACUUAAAGACUUCCUUAGUGACACUGUUAACAAGGCUAAAGCUACAACAGUGACGCCCCCAAACAAGGGUGUGUUUACAAUACCAGAGAACGUCGGAACGAGUGAAUUUCAUGCCAGUUUUUGGAGUUCAAACACUAUCACAGAUGACAACCAGCCUAUAGCAUCGGAAAUGGACAGGACAGAUCGCUCUCCAAGGUCAACUAAUCAAAAUCAAACAAUCCAUGAUGAUUCAGUACUCACUCGUAGUACGCCUGCUACAGUAUCAAAGUUUCCAAACGUUAAUCAAACCAACCUAUUAGCAUUUUCUGAUAGUGACAUGACUGAAUACUCAGGUUACUCCACAUCUCCAAGUGGAAUAAGUGAGUCGCCAAUAACUCUUACCACUGAGUAUGAGCCAGCAACCUCAAGUGAGUUCAUGCACACUUCACGUAACACACUUGCAACUCCAACUUUAACUUCUUCGGAAGCAUCAACCACUCGCAUCUCACACACUAUUCAGAGUCAGCACAAUACAAGCACCCAAGAAACCAGCUCCGCAUCUGCAUCAAUGUCUGAUCUGACGGCACACAACAAUAACGAAAUUAGUGCCUUCACCACUUUCCCAACUACCAUCCCUCCAAACCUGACUCCUACUGAAAGUCCUAAUUCACGAAAAGAGGAUGAGGGUCUAUCACCAUCUGGAACUGAUUGUCUCGGUCUUGCAUGCACCUCGUAUUUACCAUCUACAGUACGAGGAGAACAAGAAAGCCCCAUUACCAGCCCUCCGUCAGUCUCUUUGUCGAGUUCUGCAAGUCCUCAGAUUAGUCGUAAUGUGACUUCUGACCUCAUGGUUGAAGAUAGCACUACAGUGACAUUUGUAGAGGAACUUGAAUCGUCCCCAUCACAGAAUACUAACACAAAAUCAAGUAUGCAUACUGAAUUCCCUACAUUUACACCUCAGCAUUCAACUCCAUCUUCUGAAAACACGCAGAGCAGUGUGGGAUUUUCCAAUGCAACUGAUAUAAACGAGAUGAGUAGUGGUCAAACAGUGGGUAGAAGUCAUUCGAGUCCUACUCUGACUAGUGUGACAAGUUUGAAGACGACUCUUGGCUUAUCUUCAUUUAAUGACAUUCAUACUGGAUCAACAGAAAGCACUAAUGACUUUACUGCCCACACUACCACAACAUUGAGUACUUCAUCUGACAUCACAUCUCCUUACAUCUCUCAGGUCAGUACAACUGAUCGUGCCUUUCGGACAAGCACACCUGUUAGUACGACUACUCCACAUUGGGAAACCAGUCAGACCUCUGCGGUUCACCCACCUUCAAUAACUACGCUGCAGAUGAAUCCGCAUGCCACGUCCACAGAAACAACUUCAGCCUGGGUCCGUACAGUUCCUCAACCCAGCACUGUCAGACCUCCCCAAUAUAUGACCACAAGCUCUUAUCUUAUUCAAACAAAAGCACACACAAUAUCUACACAGGCAGUCACCCAAACAUCCAGCUUUGACAGGAAGUUGUCACAUGGACGGCAUUAUUUCGUAGUGGAGGACCAGCCAGCAAUCAUCAAGGAGAAAACAUUUCAAGUACUCUUACAAAUCAUCCUGGAAGGGGAUUAUGCCCCUAGUAUGAGACUGCUUGAGGUGGAGACAUUUCUGCAGAGCCUUUCUGGAUUUCAGAAUCAACAAGUGACCUGGCACAGUGGUCCAGUUCUGCAAACAGUAGUUCAAUUCCAAACAGUGGAAGCGCUCUCCUGGCUGGGAAGGGUGGAGUCUCUGUUACAGGAGGCGGGGUUAAACCCACUACCGAAGAAAGGAAUAUUUGUGGGAGGAGUUAAAGUGAAAAAUAUUACUGUGGGAGGUUUGCAGACAGAUGUUUGUGAAUGGUUGUUUGAAUGUCCAUCUGGGUUCCAGUGUGUUUCUUCAAAAGGCAAUGCCACCUGUACAUCUGUGUGCCACUCUGAAUACUGUAAACAUCAGGGCAUCUGUGUCCAUCGCCUCGGACAACAGCCUAUCUGCCAGUGUCCUGUUGGGGAGGAUUACUGGUUUAUGGGGCAGCGCUGUGACCUCCACAUGACUCGACCGCGUUUGGUGGGCGUGUGUUUUGGGGUACUGCUCGCUGUCGCUGCAGUCAUGGCUCUUCUGUCUUAUCUCGCAGUGCGCCGUUAUAAAAGCAUGCUUAUGCAAGCCAAAGUGGAACAAACACGCAGCAGUUAUCGCAGAUUCAAUCACUUUGAUGAGCUUUCGGCUCGUUUUUGGGGAAGGUCCUGGCCAGGCUCUGACGACUCGUUGGAUAACCCUGCCUUCACCCGCUCUGAUGAAUUACUACAUCUGAGAGCACUUGAUCGUACUUGCUGUUACCAUGAUGACACUCUUUCUGUGGUAUCCACAUACCACGGAAGUGGAACACACCUCAACACCAUAUAUCAUCACGGUUCUCAGUAUGGUUGGGAUCUCAGCAACUGCAGCUUGGCAGAUGGUGUGGUGGAUUCUGGGAAGGCUAGUGACCUGUCGGUCUGUAGCUGGCCAAUCGAGCCAAUUCAAUGGACACCAUUCCCUUUACUGCAGCAGCUCAGCAGGAAUACAACUACGGUGAAAGCAUCUCGUCCUCGCUCUUACUGUGAAGGCAUGGAACUUGUAGAUUUGGAGAAGAGCUGGACAGCUUAACGGAGAUUCAGAGAAACCUUCUGGCCAAGAGUGAGAAUAUUUCAUCUGUUUAAGGAACAACAUUGUUGUGCCAAUCUGAUAUAGAUCCAUCUUAAUAAAAUGUCUUUUAACUAAACAAAAAAA